CCGCCACCGGGACCGGCUCCGCCGCCGACGCCGACGCCGACGACCAGCAGCCGCCGCUGCCCCCCGACACCAAGAGAUGGUGGAAAGCACGCUACACCCUCCAGCUGAUGGGCAUGCUGGGCGUGGCGAACCUGUACGCCCUACGCGUCAACCUCUCGGUGGCCAUAGUGACCAUGGUCAACUUGACGGCGCUGGAGAUCCGAGAGGCCAGGGACGGUCAUCACCUGAACGGCUACGCCAACACCAGCACCGAAGACGUCUGUCCUGGAGAAAUCUACGAACCGAGCACUGCGGACUCUGGUGAAUUCCUGUGGAACGAGGAGCGCCAGGGCUACAUGCUGGCCGGCUUCUUCUACGGCUACGCCCUGGGGCAGCUGCCGGGCGGCAUCCUGGCAGAGAAGUUCGGCGGGAAGCUGGUGUUCGGGCUGGGCACAUUCCUCACCGGGGUCCUCACCAUCGUCAGCCCGUUCGCCGUCUGGCUGCACGAGGACCUCUUCUUCGCUGUGCGCUUGCUCGAAGGCCUAGCCGAGGGUGUGACUUUCCCAUCCAUCCAGUAUAUGAUCUCCAAGUGGUCGCCACCCGGGGAGAGGAGUCGCUUCUCCAUAAUAUUUUCAGGCAGCUACCUGGGCCUGAGCAUUUGCCUGCCCGUGUCGGGCCUGCUGUGCGACUCGAACCUGGCCGGCGGGUGGCCACUGGCCUUCUACGUGUUCGGCGCCAUCUCCCUGCUGUGGUACGUGCCGUGGCUCGCGCUUGUCUACGACUCUCCCGCAGACCAUCCCUGGAUCUCCGAAGAGGAGCGCCGCUACAUCGAGGCCUCAGUCGGCACGGACAAGAUGCAGGGCCAGCGGAAGAGGCCGCCGGUGCCGUGGUGCUCCGUCAUAAAGUGCCCUGGCGUGUGGGCGUGCGCCAUGAUGCACGUGGGCAUCGGAUGGAACUUCUUCGGCCAGAUCACCUACCUACCCACCUACAUGGCUACCAUCCUCAGGUUUCCUAUUCGAAAGAACGCAGCACUGUCGGCACUGCCUUACGUGGUCGGUGGAACGGCGAGUGUGUUAUCCAGCAUCAUCCUGGACGUGAUCAUCAAGAAAGGCCUGGUUACGCCUCUCUCCGGCUACAAGAUCUUCAACGGCAUUACGGGCGCCGGAGCGGCGUUGACGCUGCUGCUGCUGCCUCGCGCCGGCUGCGACCGCACGGUGGCCGUGGCGCUGCUGUCGCUCAACGGGCUGUGCCUGGGCGCGCAGUACGCCGGAAACGGCUCCAACUUGCUGGCGCUGGCGCCUAGCUUCUCCGGAUCGCUGUACGGCUUCUCGAACACGUUCGCCAACAUCGCUGGCAUCCUUGCCCCAUACGCCGUCGGCUACCUCACCAAUGGAAACCAAACGAGGGGUCAGUGGGACAUCAUGUUCCUCAUCUCUGCCGGCGUGGGCUUGGUCACGUUCCUGCUGUACUUGGUGCUGGCCACCGACAAGGAGCAACCCUGGAACAGGCCUGAAGAAGAAGAUUGGUGCGGAUCGAUGGAGAUGAUCAGUGUGUCAGAUUCCAGAGACUCCGGAAUCCUAUAAGAAAUUCGUCGAGGGUCAUAUCAACAAUGCGUUUGAGAAGGAACAGUCAGUGCACAUUUGAAAUGCAGCUGUAAGCUGUGUUGGACGUUACGCUUAAAUUA